AUGGAAGCUACUAUGUUCGCCUUAUUGGCAUCGUUAUCGAACUAUGCCCAGAAUGUUACACGCCCUAUUGCAGGCUUCAUCAGUCAAUCUUUGGGAGUUGUCCCACGAGGCCUACCUGGUGUUGACGAAUCGGAGCAGUUUGACAACCUCUGGAUUGUGUCAUUGAUACUGAUAGGCUUAAGUGCCACGUCGCUCUUCUUUCUCUGGUUGAUACCUAAUGCCAGGAUGAACGAGCGUAUCAUGGCCGACGGUGAUGAUACCUCGGCUACUUCUGGUUCACUAUUCGAGAGGUGGAUGCGAAGCAGACGCGGUUCCACAGGGGAAGUAGAGGUCGAAUCUGAGGAUCCUAAGCUCACUAUUGAGGAAGAGAGGAAUCCUAUUAUUUAG